AGCUUAUACCUGGUUUCUUGCUUUUGUUGGGGGACAGUGUUCUUGCGGUCCACACUCAUAUUUUUCACAGAGGACUGUCUGUUUGUGCAACUGUCUCUUUGUGUAAGGUCUCGACUAGCGGCCGUCGCAUCUAGGGUCACAACGGCAGUGCGCACUAUUGAUUUUAACAGCAUGUCUCGCCUACUACAAAGGCACGAAGGAGAACACCAUAAGGAUUCUCACGGCCAUGGCCACAACAGUAGCCACUACGCCAACAUCAAGUGGGGCUAUAUCCUUCUUGCGGGCUCUCUCGUGUAUUUCGCGGUGUUCCUUGCUUACGAAAGAAGGCGACCCAAGUACUCCAAACCCUUCAAAAUAUCCACCCACAUCGCUCUCUGGAUCCUGGCGACCGUGGGGUUGUGUGCCAACUUGUUCCCCAACAUCGUGGAAAACAGUAGCACACUUCUCAAGAGGUUCGGCCGCUUUUCGUACGUGUUGACUACGGUUGAUUUACUUUUGGCGUUGCGACCCAACUUACUCAAUUAUGUGUACUUGGUGGAAUUACACAAGUGGAUGUCCCGGUACGUAAUUGUGUUGGGAAUCGUACACCUGGUGGGGUUCUUGGUCAGGUGGUUGGUGAUGGGGCAGUUGUUCAAGGUAUUACGACUCCUUAACCUCUUGGGAGUGGCUAUCUUCCUUAUGUUUGUGGUGCUUUUGGUACUUUCGAUCAAAGUGUACAGAAACAAAUACUACAACACGUUUUAUGUGAUACAUAACCUCACGCUCGUGUGCUACUUGGGGCUCAUCAACUACCAUGCCCGGCCUGGUGUCACUUGGUUGACGAUGUUGAACUUGUUUUUAGUGACCGUGCAAAUCGUGUUCAAGUUCAACAUUACUCGAAUUGCCUCCACCAGCGUGAAGAACUUUGGCAGCUUGACCCUUGUGACGUUUGAGAAACCGAUCAAUUACCCGAUCACCACUCCAGGAUCCCAUUUGGUACUCCAGCUUCUGCGAAACUGGCGUCAGUGGAUCUUCCCUGCUCAUCCGUACACUAUCAUCAACAACAACGAAUACUUAAAUUUGGUGGUCACCAACAUCAACAGGUUUAAGUUCGACGUCGAACAUAUGUACACCAUCAGCUUCCCGUACUCGUCUUCAUUGAGUCUCAUGGAGUUUGAGGGGAAAAAUGUGCUUAUGGUAAUCGGAGGAUCGGGAAUCUCAUAUGCAAUUUCGAUCUUGAACUUCUACAAAACUGUCAAGAUCAACUUCCGAUUGGUGUGGGUGGUUAGGGAUAAACGGGACUUGGCUUUGAUCAAGGAGUUCAACUUGAAUUGUCAGGUAGACUUGUAUGUCACUGGCCUGGUUUCUUCGGGGGAUAUGGCUUCGGAGUUGGGUGAACAAAGAGAUGGUCUCUUGCAUAAUAUCGAGAUGGACGAAUUCGAAGUAGCUGAGGACUCUGAAACACCAGAAAUUAUGUUUGCAAGAGGCAGGCCACAAAUCUCCGAUUUUCAAGUGCCGGAUUUGCUUAUUGCUUGUGGACCAGAUUCGUUGAUUUACGAUGCACAAGCUUUUGCAACCGCUAACAAUGUGAACUUUUUAAAGGAAUUUUACAAUUAUUAGUAUUACUUUAUGAAUGCAUGGAAUAGACAACC